GGUUUCAUAGAGUAAAUGUAUAUAUAUGCUUUUUUUUUUAAACGCAAAGGCCUCCAGCGUCCUGAUGGAUCUGACCUGCAGUUAGGAGACAGAGUGGUGUGUGACAACCAUCAUGCCGUCAUCAAAUUCAUUGGAGCAGUGCCCCCAACUGCAGGUAUCUGGCUCGGUGUUGAGUGGGAUGAUCCACAGAGAGGAAAGCACAAUGGGAGUCACAAUGGAAAGUGCUAUUUCAAAACCAGCCACCCCAAGUCAGGCUCUUUUGUGCGGUCCAACAAGGUGGAUGGAGGAAUCACGGCUCUCAGGGCUUUACACGAACGCUAUGGCUUGAAGAAUGAUGAGGAGGCAGGGGUAAAAACCGAAGAGCUGUAUGUCCUUGACCAGUAUAACAAUCAGACGGUGGUUGAGAUGGUUGGUGCUAAGAAAGUCAACUUGCUUCAGAGCCAAUUUAACAAGCUGAAGAAGAUCUCCUUUUUUGACAUGAGGGUCUACCAUGCAGGACCUGAUGGUGAGAUUGGGCGUCUUUGUCCAUGCAUCUCAGAUCUGGAUAUUGGCAGGUGCUUGUUUCCCUCCUGGGAGAGGGUGGCUCAGAUGGCAAGCCAGUUUCCCAACCUGAAGGAGCUGAACGUCAGCGAAAAUCGACUAUCAAUACCCAAAGACCCAAGCUCGCUGAGCUCCAACUUUUCUCGUCUUCGCAACUUGACGAUGAACCGCGUGAGCUUGAACUGGAAAGAGGUGCUGACCUGCUGCUCCAUGUUCCCCUGCCUCGAUGAGCUUCACAUAGGCUUUAACAACAUCUCGGCUCUCUCUGAGGAUAUCCACAGUAUUAUGGGUCUGAAGACCCUGGAUUUGAUGACCAACGCGAUUGGGGAUUGGAGUGAAGUGCUCAAACUUGGUGAUUUACCAAGAUUGGAAACCCUUUUAGUCAGUGAGAAUAAAAUCAAAUCUCUCUUCUUCCCGGACUGUGGGCCAAACGAGAUAACCACGUCUUUUCCCAAGCUCAAAGGUUUAGUCUUCAAAAGGAAUGAGAUUUCCGAGUGGUCUUCCAUAAACGAGCUGAACAAAUUACAGCAUCUGGAAGAGCUGCAGCUUGCAGGCAACCCGAUCGUGGCCUCGUACAACGCCGAGACUGUUCGACAGCUCUUGGUGGCCAAGAUAAGCAACCUCAAGCUCAUCAGUCGAACUCCUAUUACAUACGAGGAGAGGAAAGGUGCGGAGAUUGAUUACCUCAAACGUUUUGGCACAGAAUGGAAGAAGGAAGGAGGGAGCAGUGAUAGUGCCAAGAACAAACCGAGUGAAGCUUUUGUAGCAAACCACCCACGAUACAAGAUUAUUGCAGACAAAUGGGGCGCUCCGGAAGAUUCAGAGCUGGGAGAGAAAUCGUCUGCCUUAAAAGAUAAUUUAAUAGCUGUCAAAGUCUUCAGUGCCCAACAUCCAGAGAGGGGAAUGCUUAGCAAGAAACUGCCAGGUACCAUGUCCAUCCAGAAGUUAAAGACUUUGAUACAACGCUUAUACAAAAUGAGCUCUGAACCCACACUCACCUACAAGAGUCACAAGGCAGCAGACGGCCCAGUGAUAGAGCUAGACAAUGACCUCAGGCAGUUGGGAUUCUUCUCCAUUGAGACCGGGGACAGUCUCCUUGUGUCCUGGUGACACUGGGCUCCCCAUGUUCAAAUGUGUCGUGACGACGUUUUGGAAUCAGGCGCUCGUCAACUUUGGGGCAAAUAAGAGUUAUUAAUAUUAUUUUAAAGUUUGUUCAUUUGUCUUCAAUUUGGCGAAAGAAAACCCCCCCCAUCUCUCUUGAAAAGGAGUCGAGAUAUUUACAAUUGAAAGAGGUGGGGGGCAUCUGCUAUGAGAGGUAAAAUUAGUGAGAUAACGGCCACCAAAGAUUGAUGACUUCCAAAGUUUGAGUGUCCUUGGGAACUGCAAAUUCACAUUUUUCAUGCCUUUAAUGAACCCUGUACAGUAACAUCCACUCAGAAAUGCAUUUUCAAGGACAAAAGAUGUUGAUUAAAAAAAAGUGAAGAAGAAGAAGAAAAUUGAAAAACAUUUCCCGAUGGCCAGAAAAAAGCUGGUUUCUUUGAUUCAUUAUUUUGACGAGCGCCUGAUUUCAGCACGCUGCCUCACAAAUUAUUGUCCUGACUUGAGUGGAACCCAUUAGCUGUCAUAACAAGAUCACUUAGCAUACUGCUGGUGUUCUUCUUACUUAAAGUGGAUUGUACACUUUUAUGAACUGAACUAUUGACGGAAAAAAAAGCUUUUUAAAGGAUAUAUUA